GGAAAACAGUUCGUCUACCCCACAGGCGCUCUGGCACUAAGCGUGACCUUGUUUACAAUCUGCGCUGCUGUGGUGAUCACCAUGUUGCUGUGCAGAAGAGCACUAGACGCGUUCGGUAAAGCCGAGCUCGGAGGUCCGACGCUACAGAAGUACCUGACUGCCGGCGUAGCUAUGUUCUUGUGGGUGUUUUACGUGAUUUUGUCGUCCUUACAGGCACAGGGCAUCAUUGAUGCCAGAUUUUAA